AAGUCAUAAAUAAUGCAUGGUCACAUGUUUUUCUGAUUGUUUGGUAACAGAUAGAUAUAAUUAAAGUUCUGUUGCCCUGAGUCAUGAAGAGUUGCACAAAAGUGUUUUUCUAGAAUGCAGGGUGUGGGUAAAUCAAAUGUUUUUUUAAUCCACAAAAUUCUUUGCUGUCUCUUUUGUAGUGUCUUUGUUGUUGUUUUGAGAGUAAAGUAAUGUGGAUGUGUAGAUAAGAUUUCUUAAAGGAAUAGUUCACCCAAAAAUUAAAACUUGGAAACUUUACUAACCUCUGGCCGUCCUAGAUGAGGAUGAGUUUGUUUCUUCAUCGGAACAGAUUUGGAGAAAUUUAGCAUUAUAUCACUUUCUCACCAAUGGAUCCUUUGCAUUGAAUGGGUGCCAUCAGAAUGACAGUUCAAACACCUCAUAAAUACAUCACAGUAAUCCACAAGUAAAACACACAACUCCAGUCCAUCAGUAACUUUUCUACAAAUUUUCAAUUUUUAAGUGAACUAUUCCUUUAAUGAACACAAUUUAGGCAAUAAUUAAGGCAAGAUUGCUUCUGAAAAGACAUAAUUGUUCAUGAGGGGUUGAUCACUUGACAAUAACAUAUGUUUUUGUCAAUAUGUUUUAAUGUGUUUUCAGGCUGUUUGUUUUGUCAUUUUGAAAUCAUUGGGAAAAAAUGACAUUAUGAAUUGGGUAAUAUUUCUCUCUGUCAGAGUUCUGAAAGGGAACUAAAAAAGUCAGUGGAAAUUACUAAAAACUGAUAGCAGGUGAAAUUGUGUUGCACAAUAUUUGUUCCAUGUCUCAAGAAUCAGUGAAUAAUUAAUGUCUUAACAUGUUGAUCACUGCGGAGCCCUGGGGAUACAGCAGAACUGCAUUAGAAGGAGCGUUAGUCAGCACCUGUGUGGACAUGCUGUGUGUGCUUCUUUAGGCAUAUGUAAAAGGCAGAGCUUUUUUUUAAACCUGCUAUACUGGCACGUGAUCCUGAAUUACUUCGCUAAAGGUUACCAGGCAAGGUGUGCUAUGUGUUUACAGUAGAUUUCAGUUCUACAGCUGACGCAUUUUCUUCAGUAUUUCAAUGCGGGAGAUUUGCGUUGCUUUGCUGUAUUGCAAGAUGAGGUUGGUUUCUGAAACAUUUCUGUUGUUGCACACUUCAACAUGCAACAACUGAUAAUAACACAGGGAAUUCUGGAAUAGCAAAUCUGCUGACAGCAGCAUGGACAACAAAAAGAAGUUACCUCAUUUGGUCAGGAUUGAACACCAAUCUGAAAGGUCUCAUAAGAAGAAACAUGGGUCACAAGUUGAGCAGGAGCAAAUUCAGAAGAGAACCUUCACCAACUGGAUCAAUGCCCAGCUGUCCAAGAGGAGUCCUCCAGUUGCAGUGGUGGAUCUUUUCAGUGAAUUCAGAGAUGGAAGUAGACUAUUGGACCUGCUGGAGGUGUUGAGUGGUCAGAGAAUGAGCCGUGAGAAAGGAAGGGGGACAUUUCAGCACAGAACAAACAUUGAGAAAUGUCUAGCAUUCCUUAAGAGGAAAUCGAUCAAACUGGUCAACAUCAAUGUCUCAGACAUUAUGGACGGGAAGCAUUCCAUCAUUCUGGGUCUCAUCUGGACCAUCAUCAUGCACUUUCAUAUUGAAGAGUUGGCCAGCACAUUGAACUUCAGCUCUCGUCAGUCAUCUCUGGAUUCACUGGCGAGUUUGGACACUCGUUCGACCAGCAGCAGUGCCCGCAGCAGUCCAGUGCCGCCCCGUGGUUCACCCCUGCACACCCGUUUCCGCAUAUCUGCCAAGAAAGCCCUGCUGCUGUGGGUCAGAGAGCAGUGCCAGAGGGCUGGUUGCACCCUGAAUGUGAAGGAUUUUAAGGAGAGCUGGAGGAGUGGUGUAGUGUUUUUGGCGAUACUUCAUGCUCUUAGACCGAAUAUAGUGGACCUAACCAGAGCCCGAACAAGAACGAACAGACAGAACCUGGAGGAAGCCUUCCACAUUGCUGAAAGAGAACUCCACAUCCCCAGACUACUAGAUCCAGCCGAUGUUGAUGUUAGGGAUCCUGAUGAAAAAUCUAUUAUGACUUAUGUUGCUCAGUUCCUGCAGUACUCUAAAGAUACUUCUGUUUCUGAUGAGGAAAUGCAGUAUCUCACUCCUCCUCAGCGCCUCUCUCCUGUCAAUCUGCCAUCAGACUUUACUCCUUCUAUAGCUGCGUCACCUUUAAGACAGACCUCAGCCAAUCAGAAGGCUCAGGAGGUCACAUGCUGGUUGGAUCAGGCCUAUCAGGAGCUGAUAGAGGGGUGGGACUCCACUGAAGGAGAGAGCUAUGCUGAGAGAUACCAAGUCUUCCACACCUUCAUUGUGUCCUUUAAUGAACAGCGGCGGCCCGUAAUGCCGUUACUAACAGCGAUGAAGAGGACUCCUCAUCUCAGUGCAGAGCAGAAAGCUCUCAGACGAGCCUGGGAUGCUCUCGCUGAGAAGCUGCGUGAGUAUAAAACAGAGCUGAACCUGAGUCUCCCAUCCCCACUGGACACCGUAGGCUGCUGGUUAUUGCGUAUUGAAGAGGUUUUAUCUGCUGAAGAGGGUGAGCCAAUAGAUCAUGCCCGAGCCGCAGAGGAGGCCCGAGAGAAACUCGAGCUGCUAAAGGUGUGUUUGGAGGAGAUGCCACAUCAUAUCAAGAGGUUUAAUAUGUUUCAAAACACAAAUGAGUUUGGAGAGACUCUGGUGCCGGCAGACAAGAUGGAAGAGAUGAAGAGACGGUUCACCGGUGUUCGUGUAACAGCUAAAUAUCAUGGUAUUAAGCUGGAGUACCGCGAGUGCAGAUACACAGUGUUGGACCUGCUGAAUCAACUCAACAUUAAACUGCGAUCUUGGAAAAGAGCCUACAUUUCGCAGGAGGCAGUUCGUGUGCUAAUGCAGGACUGGAAUGAGACUGUGAACAAACAGGAACUGACUUCUUUGCUGGAUGGAGCCCUCCAUAGACUCAAACUAAUUGCCAACAAAUACACCAGCAAGGCUGCCUUGGCUGGAGACUCGACUCAGGUAAAUCAUCAGGUGGCUGAUCUGGAAGCAGAUGUGACAGUGACUCUGGAGGGUGUACGGAUGGUGAGGGGUACUAUGGGCCGUGUUUUGGCAGCAUGGGACUCUUAUAGUGAUGUCUACACCUCACUGCACGCAUGGCUGGAGCAGGGUCCACAUGGCCAGCGACACAGGCAGAGAACAGAGGUGACAUUAUCACUAAUGUCAGAGUGGAGUUCUCGCCAAGCCCACCUGAACGAGGUGGCCAACUACUUGACAGAGGUCACAGACCCACAGACUAGCCGCACUAUUUCAGAUGAACUCUGCAAGAUAAAUCUGCUCUGGGCUGACUUUGCCAAAACAGCGCAGUUUUCUUUAGCUGAGGAACCCAGUGCUGGCCCAUCUAGUGCUCAGACAGUUCAGUCUCUGAUAAGGGAGGCCACUCAGUUACUGAAAGAACCUGUGGAGGUGGUUUCUGGAUCACUACGUAUUUACACAAAGAGACUACAGCUUGUGAUAACGAAAAUAAAGGAUGUGGAUCUAGAAGCCCUCUCGCCAUCUCUAGACUGCUCCGCAGAAACCCUGUGCAAACUUAAGCAAGCUAUUCCUGAAGUCUUGCAGACACUGUGUGAGGCAGAGCAGGUGUGUGAUGAGCUGUGCGUGAGUGUGAGCGGGUUGGACGGGCGUCUUGCUGAACUGUUAAACUGGGAGGUGGAAGCCAGAGAGUUGUAUCAGCUCCUGAAGGAGAUAUCACAAAAGCAGAGGAGAGGGCAAGACCCCAGAGCACGGGUGACUGUUGAUUUCAAGGGUCUACAGUUAGAAGGUCAGGUGGUUAUGGAGGAACAGGAUCUGCAGGUGAUGGUCAUGAAUAGUCAAAAGACUUCACCACUGCAGUAUCUAAUCGCAUCCACCAUGCAGGACAGAGUCCGCACUGCUGUUGAAAAGUCACAGGAAGCCAUAGGGAUGCUCAGCUCUUUGGGGGCUUGCAGAGACAGAAGCCCUGUUAGAGACCAGCCCCCUUCCAAGAACUUUGUACAGUAUCAUGAGACAGAGGAAGCGUCCCAAACCCAAAAACCCUCCUUCCAGCCUAUCUCUCCAUCAGGAGCCCCUGGCCAACCAGAACCUCAGCCUGCAGUCAGGGCCAAAGUCCCAAAAUAUUCUCAAAUACCCUCAGAGGUAUCUUCUCAAGCUGUAGACCUCAAGAUCCAGCCUUGUGGUCAGACUGUGCCUAUGAUUGUUGUACAAGACUAUGAAGAGGAGAAAAGUAGUCCACAACCACAAAUGCACCCCUCUGUGCAAGUGAAAGACUCUCAGUCCUUUGAAGUUAAGUCACAGAAUGUUGUCCAUGCUGAAACAAAAAUGUACAUAGAGCAUCAUGUAGAAAGCCAGGUAUCUUUACCACAACCUGUGACACAACAACAGACAGAAACCCAGUGGCAGGUGCAAGGUCCAGUAGCUAGCCAACCCUCACAGAACCUACAACAAGCAGAAUCACAAGUACAUAAUGAACAACAAAUAGCAACACAGCCAUAUGUGCACAUACAGCAACAAGAGAAGACUCAGCUUGCAAAACAGCAGAAUGUUCAACCACAAGUACCAAUCCAGUCACAGCCUCAGGGCCAACUAGAAACACAAACACAGCAAGUUCCAAAGCAGCAGAGGAAAGUAAAGAAGUCCCAGGCACAUCUGCAGAACAGACCUUGGCUUCAACAGAGGAGUCAAUUGGAAAAUGUUACCCAAAAACCAGCCCCACAGCUGGUGCCACAAUCCCAGUUAGGGCCUGAGGACAAAUGUCAAUUAAAUUCUCAAACACCACUACAGCAUAUAGUGGCUGUUAGCUCACCUGAGGCCCAGGGACCUGCUCAAAGCGCAACACAGUCAAAAAGCAUUGUUGAGAGUGAUGAGAAAGACCUGAAGCCAGCUCAGCCUCUUGUAGUAACACAAAAACUACCUCAGACUGUGCCAGCAGUUCCAGCACAAUCAGUGACUCAAAAACAAACACAACAGCCAGUGACUGUUCCAAUUCAUCAACAAAUAUUAAACCAACCUCAGCCCUUUUUAUCAACUCAAGCUCAAGCACAACAACCACAAGCUACUGCACCCAUUAAGCAACAAAUGCAACCUCAGAUCGUGACACCACAGCAACCUCAAGUGAUGAUCCAGAAACAGGCACAAUCUCAAUCCAUGACACCCAUGCAACCACAGGUUAUGGCCCAGUGGCAGCCACAACAGACUAUUGCUCAACCUCAACCUGCCGUACCACAACCACAAAUAUUUUCAGUGGCCCAAACAAUGCCACAAGGCACUUCCAGACCGGCCCAACAGUACCCAGCAUCUCACUUUCAACCACAAAUAAUGAUGCAGGGACAACAGUCACCCCAUGGUGUAGCGCAAGCUCAGUCCCAGCAACCCACAAUGCACAAUCCGACUAUAAUUUCACCUCAGCCCAAAGGUGCAUCCACCAUACAACCCAGAAUCAUCUCUAUGCCACAACCCCAGAUGCCACUUCAAUCUCAAACCCAAACUCAGGUCAAGGCACAGGGAAGUGCACCACUUAUUUUUCAACCUCAGGGGCAACCCCAGUGGUAUCAACCAGGAGACGUCACCCAAACAUACCCCAAUGUCCAAGGACCAAUAUCUGUUGCUGACCAAAUGCAGCAUCUCGCCCAUUUCCAAACUCACCCCCAACCUCCAAGUAUCCCUCCAGCUCAGCCUCAGCAGUGGUCACCAAUAAGACCAGGCAUAGAGAACCAGACCUACCCCACUGUCCAAGUUCCAGGUCAGGUAGUCCAACCUCAAUCUCAAAUGUCAGUUUACCCUAAAAUCCAGCCGCAAUCACAGCCUCAGCAGUGGCCCUCUGCUAUACCUGAAUCACCUUGCGGUCAGUCACAGAUAAGACCCCAAGGUCCAGCUCAGCAUGUGGUUACCUCACAUCAUUGGAGGCCUGUCAGUCCAGUAUACCCCGGGGCUGAAACCCAAGGCCCCAAGGGACCACUUCCUCAGUCCCAAUAUCAAGCCCUACCAAGGCCACCAAGCACUCAACGGCAGUGGGGUCCAGUCCGGCCAGAACAUCAGUUUCAAGUCUCUUCCCAGACUAUGUUACAUGGUGUUUUCCAGCCAGAAGCUCCAUGGAAUCAUCCUCCUGCGCAAGCUCCCAUAAGACCUCAGAGUCCACAACAGCCUCAGCAAAGACAGCAAAAGUGGAGUUCAUCAAGGAUAGAGGCCCCAUCUGAAACCCUUAUCCAAAGCCAAGCACCCCAGGCAGAGCUUCAGUCCCAAGAUCAGAUACCCCAACAGCAGUCAGCUCCUCUGGUUAAGCAGUUAGCACUUGCCCAGGCUCCACCUCAAGCCUACACUGAGGCUUAUAUUAAGGCACAGGCCUUGGUUAGAAAUAGAUUUGAGGAAGCCAAGCACUGUCUUCAAGAGCACAUUAUAGAAGCUAUCAGUGUAUUCAAGGACAAGCGAAUGACGGACGAACAGGCAUCAGUUAAGGAGGAGACGCUUCGUACUCUGGACUCUGAACUUCUUGAAGAGUUCUUGAGGGCUGUGGAAGGGAUGGAAGCUUUCUGCACCCCAUCUGAACUUAGAGACAUGGAGUUUUUCACACAAUCUGUUAGAACACAGUGGAAGGCUGUUCGAGUGCAAAUAUCAGAAUUUUUGAAGCAACUCAGAUUUGAGUUAACCCGCCUGCAUUUUAACCAUGUGGUGGAGACCUGUGAGAUAAACUUUAAGAGGGAAAAACUCAACCUUAGGCCUGUAUCAAUAUCAGAAUCAAAAGAAGAGGCUUGUUUGUCUGCAGAGGGCAGCCUGGCAGAGGCAGGACAGCAGCUAGAAGCUCUGAAGGAGUUGUGUGAUACUCUAAGCCCUGAGGACGCACACAGGCUCGCACAAGCCCAACUCAGAGAAUGUGAGAGACAGCUUGCUGCCAUCCAGCAGCAGUUCGGCGGAGACAGAGACACAUCACCUCCAGACACUGGUUUACAAAGAGAGCAAACAAAAGAGCAACUCACUCAGAAAGCUCCAACAGUCCCACCACCACCUGAGAAGCCCAAACAGGUUAUUGUUUUAGAGGCUGUUACACCGGUUAGCCCCCAGCCACCGAGAACUGUGGAGAAGAGAGAGAUAGUGAAACAAAUGAGUACAGAAGAGGAUAGGUACCGCAGCUCCAGAUUUGCAUUACAGGCUCAGCUAAACAGAAAUGAGCAAUGCAUGCUUGGAGAUCAUACCUCAGAAUCAGUCACUCCCACAGACCUGCAGAAACGACUGAGAGAAUUAAAGUCUCUGUGGGACGAGACUGAGUCCCUGUGGAAGGAGUAUGAAGCGCUGUCUAUGCAGUGUGUUCAGUACAACGAACGAGGUGUUGAGCAGGACCGCAUGGAGCUCACUGUCCGGUGGAGAGAGCAGAGGUCACAGUUACAGGGCAGGGUGGAUUCACUGGGAGCAGCACUUGAGCUCAUGGACUCUAUUAAGUUGAAGAUCUCUGAGAUUGCUGAAAGGCUGGACAAUUUCAUCAAAGAGCCCAAAGACAUUAAGGGAUAUACACUAGCUAACCCUGCCAUUCUGAGAGAUGUGAAGGACUUAGAUGAAAGUAUCCAGUCAGAGAUGGAUCGUCUGUCUCAAUUCGACUCUGAGCCCAGUCAUCUAGACCUGCGGGACCGAUCACCUCUGACCCAGGUGGUUCUGAACCACAGAUCUAGCCUGGACCGGCUCAGGCAACAGGUGCGCAAGAGUGACGCCGCUGCUCGUGCGCUCGACCGCUUUCUCAUGUCCCUUCGCACUGUGGAGCUCGAUGUCUCUUCUGUGCAAAGCGCCCCCAGCAAUGAUGCUGUGAUCCUGCAGGACAGCAGGUCCAAGCUGGCCCUUAUCAGAAAAGGAGUCAGUAGCCUCAAGGAUAAGGCUCCACAGCUGGACCAGCUCUUAGGUGGAGCACAGCUCAAAGUGACCCAGGAUGGGAGACCUGUUUCCUGUUUGGACAUGGUGGGGGUACUGGUCCACAGGGUGGAAGAGGCAGACGAUCGAGUGAUGAUUCGACAGAAUGAGCUCCAGAAGGAACAGCAGAACCAGAGCCUCGGCCUGAGGAGGAAGACUAUGCAGGCUGAGUUGAGGAAGGUGCAGGUGGCAGCAGAAAAACAGGGUUUAAAGGAUCCCACCAUGCCAGCUGUGCAACACCGGAUGCAAGCGCUGUGCGAUCUCGAAUCGCAACUGAACUCUCUUCGCCCUGAAUACCAAAGCAUCAAGAAGGCUCUGCCUGAAGUCUCUCCACAGAAAGAGCACCCUGAUCCAGCAAAUGAAGAACUUGAAUUCCUUUGGGAAGAGACUGAAAGAGCUGUAUCUGACAGACAAGAGCAGUGCACUGUUCUUACAGAACUGCUGAAGAAAUUUCAGAGCUGCCGCAGUUACCUGGGCAAUACUCUCCAGAGGGCGGAACAAACAAUCAAUGAGCAAGCUUCAUACAUGGGCAAAGACAACCUACAAAGACUCCUUGCAAAAGUCGUUGCUAUAAAGGACGAUCUAAAUAGCCUUGGACCCAAGAUGGAGGAGUUCAGAUCUGUGUGCAGACAGUUGCAGUCCCAGCUGAAGAAAAUUCCUGAUUGCUCGGAAACUCCAUUUGAGAUGGAGGCAGAUGCUUUGGUGGACUCGUGGCUGGAUGUGUCAGAGAAGACAGAUAGUUACAUGGAUAACCUGCGUGGGGGUCUGGAGUUGUGGGAGAAACAGCUGGUUCUGGGUGGAGAGGUGGACAGUUGGACUUCUACUAAACUCAUUAUCUUUUCAGAGUCUCACCCUUUCAGCAGUGAGACGGAGGUUGUCAGCAUGAGGAAUGAGAUUCAAUGUCAGGAGGACAAACUUGAACACUUCCAUAGGAAGUUACUAGAGAUCAAGGAGCUGCUUCAGAGCAAAGAAUCUCCUCUUGAGUUACAGGUAAUGGAAACAAACCUGAGGAAAAAAAUGGAGCAGGUGAAGGAACUCUUCUCCGAUUGCACUGAAGUGUUCCAGGAGCUCCUUACAGUUAAAGCUCAUCUGAUAGAAAAGAUUGACACCUAUCAAUCAUCUGUGAACAAUAUAUGCUCCUCAGUAGACAUGAUCAGUUCAGAGGAUCGCACAGAGCUGGAUGCACAUUUACAGGACUUGUGUGAGCAGCUUUUGGACCAGGAGGGGCAGGCUGAAUCUUUGAUGAAGGAAAUCAAUCUCAUGUCCAGCAUUACUGGAUCAGAGGCCUUGGAGGAGCUGACCAAUCAUACUAAGCGCCUCAAAGACUGCAUUGUGGAAACACGGGAGCUGAUUCGUCAGAAGAAGGAACAAUGGGAGAAAAGCUUCCUUCAGACUAUGAAAGAAGAGUUUGAGUCAUUUGAGGAAUGGUUGCAGGAUGAGCAGCUCGCUGUGAAUGAGUGCUUUGAGAACCCUGAGAGGAAGCAGGAUGUAGAAACAUCCAUGCAGAGACUGACAAGUUUCCUGGCCUCUAAAGAAGGAGAACAGCGUCUGGCUCAGUUGAAGGAGAGGUUUGAGCGAGGUGGACAGGCAAAGCUCCCUACUGAGGCUCAAGCUUUGCUCUCCACAUGGCAUCAAGAACAGGAAGGAGAACUGGCCACACUCAGGGCUCACUGCCAGGGACGCCAUAAACAGUUAGAUGACAUCCUCCACAACCUCAACAGUCUGCAAGAGGAACAUAACCAUUUGAAGGACUGGCUGCAGCAGAGAGAGCAAGUGCCAGAACAGAGAGAAAAACUGAGGCAAAUCCAAGAGGAUUUUCUUAAAGAAAGCGGUCGUGUGGAGGCAUUCAAUGGCCUGUUAUCUGCUGUAAGGAUGCGUGGCCUUAGGGGAGACCCUCUUCUUAGAGACACCGAGACCCUGAUAGACAGGUAUCACAGCCUUGGGAUUCUUUUUGAGAAUCAGGUCCAAAUCCUCAAGACCCUUGAUGGUCAAAUUGAAACAUUCCAAACCAAUGCAGAACAGAUCAGAGCCUGGAUCAGAAAUUUGAAGCAAGAACUUGAGUACUUGGGGACAGACACACCAACGCAGGAAAAACACAUAAAUACUCAGGCUGUUCUUAAUCUAAGUCCUGAGGGUGAGGCUAAACUCGUGGCUUUGAAAGAAGAGUGUGAUGCUUUAUGUUCUUAUGAGAUUUUGGAGGACACCAGAAGACAGGAGCUCAUUCACACCCAUGGAAACAUUGAAGAUGAGUGGAAAAGAGUUCUGGAUAUGGCUCAACAACUAAAACAUCAGGCAGAACGCCAAGACACUCUCAAUAUGGAACUAGAAGAUUUAAAGGACCAGGAAGAGAGUAUUCAGUCAUGGGUGAGAGAACAACUGCAAAUGCUGCAAUCUUUGGGGAAGGACCUUCAGCCACAUGAAAAACUUAACAAAGUACAGGCUGUUAUAGACCUUGGCGAUGAAGCCGAUUCCAGAUUGGCCAGUUUACAGAGACAAGGACAACAUUUAUGUUCUUAUAAAGAGCUUGAGAAUGAGAGGAGGAGCCACAUUCAUCAAACCCAGAGUGCAGUAGAGGAGGAGUGGAGGAAAGUGCUACAACUUGCCCAGGAGCUCAAGAACCAGGUCAAACAUGAGGAAUCUCUCUACAGAGAGUUACAAACUUUCUGUGAUCAGGGAGAGGACACUCAAUCCUGGAUUAGACAUCUCAGAGAGACCCUGGAUUCCCUUCAUGUGGCAUCUUCCAUUCAAGAGAGGCUUAAUGGAGUUGAGGCAUUACUAGCUCAUAGAUCUGAGGGGGACUAUAAACUUUCUGACUUAAAGAUGAAGGGAGAGAAUCUAUGUUCCUGUGAAGAUCUAGAGGAGGACAAACGUCAGACAAUCCAACACACAUUACAAAAUGUACAGCAAGAGUGGAUGGGAGUUUUGAUGCAGGCUCAGGAACUGAAGAACCAAUCAGACCUUGAGGAUUCUCUUUCUAAGGACCUUCAGGAUCUUCAAGAAGUGGAGGAGAACACUCAGUCUUGGCUCAAACAGCAGCAUCUGAAGACUGAAUUGCUAGGUCAAGAGACUCAGUUACAAGAGAGAAUGCAUGGAGCUCAUGCCAUCCUGAACUCAGAAUCAGAAGGGGAUUACAAACUAGCCAACCUGAGGAGGAAAGCAGAGGAUUUGUGUUCUCGAGAAGGCCUGGAGGAGAAAAGAAAACAGGAAAUCCAGCUGAACCUAAGAUCCAUUGAAGAAGAAUGGAAGAAUGUCCUGGCAAGUGCUCAAGAACUAAAGAACCAGGCUGAGCUCCAGGAUUCUCUUGCAAGGGAGCUUCAGAAUGUCUAUACCCAGGAGGCGAGCACCUGGACCUGGGUGAAGAACCAGAAAGAUGGCCUGGACUCAUUGGGGAAAAGCACUCAUGGUACACAGGAGCAGAUUGAGGAGAGACUAAGUAAAGCACAAGCAAUUCUGAGUCUGCACUCUGAGGGCAACUCUAAGAUUACAGCCCUGAAAUGGACAAUAGAUCAUCUUUUUAACCGUCAAGAUCUUGAUGAAGAUGCAAGACAUCCUCUUAUUAAGAAGAUGAAAAAUCUAGAGGAGGAGUGGAAGACAACACUGCAGCAAGCACAGGAGCUGCAUAGUCUGCUGAAAAGUGUAAGGGAACGUCUGGUGUCCUGUCAGUGUCAGAAGGACCAGCUUCAGUCUCGUCUGGAGCAGGUGAAACAGCAGACUGCUGCACUGCCGCGGCACUUCCCCUGGCCUGGUUUAGGGGAUCGAAGGCAAACAUUGGAGCAAGCCAAGAGUCUGCUAGAUCGUACCAGAGCCCUAACCCCAUCUCUGUCUGCUGUCCGAGCACUUGGGAGGGAGAUGAGCCAGCUGACCCAUGAUUCCAGCUGGAUUGAUCCAUCCUGGGCCACCAUAGAGGAGUGCAUACCUGAGUUAAUCAAAGAUCUUACGGAACUUUGUGUAAAUCUCAAAGAGGAAAUCCGGAGAGAGAGAGUUUGUGCUCAGUUAGUUGAGCAGCACACUGUAGCACAGGAUUGGCUGAGAGAGCAAGUCAAAGGUUUCGGUGCUCUGCCCACUGAACGUCAUGGGUUACAAAGCUCUGUCAACACUCUUAAGGCUCUUCUUCAGACCAUAGACAGGGAGAAGAGGGAAAUGAAAGAUCUGGUUGCUGUUAAAGAUUCCCUGAUGGAUCUUUGCACUCCAGGAGGUUGUGAUGCCCUGACCUUAGAGGUCAGUCAUCUUCAUGACCUCUGUGUGGCUUCUGAGAAAGAGAUAAGGGAACGGUUAUCUGUGUGUGAGGCCAGAUUGAGUGAUAUUGACCUCAAGCUUGCUGGCAGGGCACAGAUUCUCAGAGAGCAAGCAGAGAGUCUCCUGAAUGAGCUGUGUGCUCAGGAUCACUCUUUAGGAUUUCUGGUGGGUAGCCAGAAUGUCAGCCAGCUACAGGAGAACUGGCAUAGCUUCAAGACAUUUGAGAGAGACCUUGAGUCUUUAGAGUGCAGAGUUCGUGACCUUGGCCAGGCCCUCCGAAUAGUCCCACCGGAAGAGGAGCCCCCUAGUGAUGUCCUUUCUAUUGUGGACACAGUUACACAACAAUAUUGCAGUCUGCGGUUGAAACUGUCGGAAAUGCAGAAUGACUGUGCAGACAGCACUGUGCAGUGUGUGAGACAGGCCUUACAAAACAUACAGGCAUGGAACCAGACACAUGCAAAUCCUUCCUGCAGCUCAGCCACAUCCAUGCAGGCUGCAAUUGAAGAAGGUGUGAGAUUGUGUAAAGGCCUGCAGGUGGUGCUGUCCCAUAAAGAACUGCUGAGGGGAUGUCUGGGCCCUGACUUGGCUGACAAACUUGAAAGAGACAGAGCGAAAGCAUUAAACGAAGCAGACACUCACAUGAAUGACCUUAAACAGGAGCUCAAGAAUCUGGAGGAGAAGGUGAAGCAGGAAGCUCAGAGGUUGUCACUGGAAGCUCAAAGCAUUCAGCUGGAUUCACAGGUUUCUGCUGUGACACCUUCAACAAAGGACCCUGAACAUUCGGAAUUUGUUUCUUCUUCAUCGUUUAUCACGGAGAGCUUUGAGAUGACAGAUGACAGUGAACAAGCUAAGGUACAGCCAUCUGAAUACCUUGACAGCAAGAUCCCUCUAUGUGUAAUCUCAGAAACUUCGACUGAAACAGAAAUUCAUGCUCCAAGAAAAUCACUACCAAUAUUAAAGACUGACACUGAACAGACUGAAGUCAAAACAACUGUACCGUUAACCACAGAGAUGCUACCUGAACCAACAGCAAGAGUAUAUGAAUCUGCGGUUUCUACAAGCAGCCAUGGUGCAAAUGAAACUAAAAGUGAGAAUUUUGUUUCUGUUGCUUUGGAAACAAAGUCUGAUAAUGAUGAGAUUGCAAAUGAAAAGAUGCCAGUUUCCUCAUCUGCAGCUGUCUACAGCUAUGAAACCACAGUGCAAGACACAGACUUGGAAUUACACAGCACUGAGAGUCUUAGCACAGAAGGACAAGAAAGCCAGUUGUCUAUUGUAGUUGUGAGUUCAGUUACUGGUAGAGUAGAAGUGGAGAACUCUGAAGCAGUGACUGCAGAGCCAGAGAAAGAGGAAGAGGACUCAUAUAUUUCACAUUCUCAAGGGGAACCUUGUGGAGAAGGUGAAGCACAAACCAAAAAGGUUGCUGCGUUCAUUUUAAAUUUGGAUACAGUGGGCACAGAUAGUGCAGAGACAUAUUCCCACACAUCCACAGAUGAUGCUACGGUGAAAGCAGCCUCUACUAGUUCUAUUUUAAAUGAGAAGACACUGGGCAAGCAAGAGCAUGAAACAAUGGCCCCUCUAGAAGCUGGAAUUUCUGAAGUAGCCAUAGAACCAAUUAGCAUACAGUCUUCUCUUUAUGAGCCAAGUAUGGUGAAUGUUUUAGAAAUUAGUUCAGCAAUAGAACCAGAGCAGUCACAGCUCAAUGAAACAGACACUAACGGACAAGUGCAGACAACAGGAGGUCCACCUGCUGAAGAACACAGUAGUGGAGAUGAUGCUGCCAGAGGUAUUGGAACCUUUACUUGGAACAAUGGAUCAAAUGCUGCAAUUGCUGAAAGAGAGAGGAACUGGACUACAAAUAAUGGUCUGCAUGUAAUCCAAUGCGGAUCUAUUAUUCUAGACUUCCCUGAGGGUGUGGAGAUGCAGAGACGUCAUGCUUGUGAAGCUACUCUUUCCAGGGAACCCUCUGAGGCACAGGUUCAGGGAUCAGAAAGAAUGGAGAUGGAAUAUGAGGCAAAAUCUGAUAAAACAGAAACAGGGGUUCUAGCCAGCACAAACAGACCUUUAGAAGCAUCAGCAUCUGAACCGGCUGAUACAAACCUAAACCUACUGACAAGGGAAGUUGGAGUCAUGCAUGUCGAUGUAGAAGAAGAGACAAAAACGACCCCAUCAGAUGAUAAAACACAAUUAAUUAAAACUAAUCCUAAACUUAAACCUCCAAUCAAGCAACAAAAUGAGGUAGAAACUGAGGUCCAAACAAACAAAAUGCAUGUCUCAACAAGAGUAGAGGAAAAGCCUGAAGGUGAAGAAGCCAUUGGUGUCGUUUUGGGAAAAGAGACAAAGACCCAAUCAAGUGGUAAAGCACAAUCCAAAGAAAUUGAACCAAAACUAACACCUCCAGUCAAGUUCCCAAUUGACUGGGACACUGAGGCACAACCCAAAAUAAUUAAUGUCUCACUAACACAGGAAGAGAAACCUGAAGUUGUUAUUGCAGAUGUUAUUGUAGAAGAAGAGAUAAACAAGACCCCAUCAGGUGAAAAAGCACAAUUAAUGGAAUCUGAACCUAAAAUGAUGCCGCCAGUCAGGCAAAGAAAUGAUAGUAAAACUGACGCCCAGUCAAACAAUGUAGACGUCUUAACACAAAAGGAGAAAGCUGAAGGUGAAGAGGCCAUUGAUAUCAUUGUAGAAGAGGAGACAAAGACAACAUCAUCAGAUGAUAAAGGACAAUCUGUAGAGGCUGAACCUGAACUGACACUUUCAAUCAUGCAGAGGAGUGACCACAAAACUGAUGUCCAGUCAGAAAAGGUGGAUGUAUCAUCAGAGGAGAAAACUGAAUGUGAAGAAGCCUUGUAUGUCAUUAAGGAAUGGAAUGACUGGGACACUGAGGGUCAAUCUGAAAGUAUUAAUGUCUCACUGACACCAGAGGAAAAACAUGAAGUUGGAGACACUGCAGAUGUCAUUGUAGAAGAAGAGACAAACAAGGCCCCAUCAGAUGAAAAAGCACAUUCCAUAGAAGCUGAACCUAAACCAACACCACCAGCCAGGCAAAGAAAUGAAAAGAAGAUUGCUGUCCAAUCAAACAAGGUGAAUAUUUCAACAACAUCAGAGAAGAAACCUGAAGGUGCAGAGGCUACCAGUGUCAUUGUAGAAGACGAGAUAAAGACUCUAUUAGAUGAUAAAGCACAAUGCCUAGAAGGGGAACCUAUACUGACACCACCAGCCAGGGAACAAAAUAAGGGGGAAACUGAUGUCCAAUCAAACAAGGUAAAAAUGUCAACAACAUCAGAGAAGGAACCUGUGGACACCAUGCAUAUCCCUGAAGAGGAAGUGACAAAAAAGACAUUGGUUAAUAAAAGGCAAUUCAUAGAAGCUGAGCCUAAACCAACCCUACCAGUCAGAAGACAAAAUGAUGGUGAAACUGAGGUCCAGUUAGACAAGGUGGAUGUCACACCAACACCUCCCACCAGACGACAUAAAUGUGAUAGGUUAUUUUUAAAUAUUGAAUCACAGAUAGAGGGAGAAGUUCUUCCCACCCCACCAAGCAGAAGACGUAGAGAGAAAAUGGGACGUGAGAGGUUUUCACUUGAUUUAGAGUCCCAACCCACACCACCAGCUAGACGACGUAAAGAAAAAGAAGAUAGUAGAUUAUCGCUUGAUCUGGAGACCCAGCCCACACCACCGGCAAGACGACGUAAAGAAAAAGAAGAUAGUAGAUUAUCGCUUGAUCUGGAGACCCAACCCACACCACCAGCUAGACGACAUAAAGAAAAAGAAGAUAGUAGAUUAUCGCUCGAUCUGGAGACCCAACCCACACCACCAGCAAGACGACGUAAAGAAAAAGAAGAUAGAAGAUUAUCGCUCGAUCUGGAGACCCAACCCACACCACCAGCUAGACGACAUAAAGAAAAAGAAGAUAGUAGAUUAUCGCUCGAUCUGGAGACCCAACCCACACCACCAGCAAGACGACGUAAAGAAAAAGAAGAUAUUAGAUUAUCGCUCGAUCUGGAGACCCAACCCACACCACCAGCAAGACGACGUAAAGAAAAAGAAGAUAGAAGAUUAUCGCUCGAUCUGGAGACCCAACCCACACCACCAGCUAGACGACAUAAAGAAAAAGAAGAUAUUAGAUUAUCGCUCGAUCUGGAGACCCAACCCACACCACCAGCAAGACGACGUAAAGAAAAAGAAGAUAGAAGAUUAUCGCUCGAUCUGGAGACCCAACCCACACCACCAGCUAGACGACAUAAAGAAAAAGAAGAUAGUAUAUUAUCGCUCGAUCUGGAGACCCAACCCACACCACCAGCAAGACGACGUAAAGAAAAAGAAGAUAGUAGAUUAUCGCUCGAUCUGGAGACCCAGCCCACACCACCAGCAAGACGACGUAAAGAAAAAGAAGAUAGAAGAUUAUCGCUCGAUCUGGAGACCCAGCCCACACCACCAGCAAGACGACGUAAAGAAAAAGAAGAUAGAAGAUUAUCGCUCGAUCUGGAGACCCAACCCACACCACCGGCAAGACGACGUAAAGAAAAAGAAGAUAGUAGAUUAUCGCUCGAUCUGGAGACCCAACCCACACCACCGGCAAGACGACGUGAAGAAAAAGAAGAUAGUAGAUUAUCGCUCGAUCUGGAGACCCAACCCACACCACCGGCAAGACGACGUAAAGAAAAAGAAGAUAGAAGAUUAUCGCUCGAUCUGGAGACCCAGCCCACACCACCGGCAAGACGACGUAAAGAAAAAGAAGAUAGUAGAUUAUCGCUCGAUCUAGAGACCCAACCCACACCACCGGCAAGACGACGUAAAGAAAAAGGUGAAGAUCAAGGAUUAUCAGUUGAUCUGGCGCCUCAACCAACUCCACCAUCAAGAAGAUGCAAGGAUAAGCCAGAGAAUGACACAUUAUUUUACAGUGCUGAAAUAGGAAAAAGUGAUAAUGAGCAAACUGUUGAACAUAAAGACAAGGAGGAGCACACUGUUAAACCAACUUCACCUGUCAGACGCAAAAUUAGUCAGGUUGAAAGUGAUGUGGCAGUUUGCAAAAACCAAGAAGAGAAAGGGACCUUUGUGAAACCCACACUGCCAACAAGAAGGAAAGAUAGCAAAGUUGAAAAAGAAAUCGUCACAGCUGCUUCUAAUAUAAAAGAAGAUAUGAGCCUAUAUAACCCAACUCCACCUCUGAGGCAAAAAGACAGCCAAGUGGAAACUGAGAUGGUUUCAACCACUCCUGAAUGUCUACCUGCCCUACCAACUCCACCAACCAGUCAAAAGAAAGAUCAAAUAGAAGCUGAAAGAGCUCCAUUAGCGCCAGAAGAGCCACAGGUCAUACCAACUCCAACAACCAGCGACAAAGAAACUUCAGACAAUGAAAAUAUUUCUAAGUUUGUAAGACUGGAAGUGAAAGCUGAUGUUGAAGCAAUAACUAAACAGGAAGAUAAAAAUGAGUAUGAUACAAAGUCAUUGGUUGGUCAGGAGCAGCAAGAGGAGGGGCAGGACCCAGAAUCAAUAAGUGUAAUAAAUCAAACAGAGAACAUCAGUGAAAUGCAGACACAAGAUCAAGAUAUGGAAGUUUCUCCCCAAGUCGGUCUCAUGCCUGAAAUCACUGAGAGUCCAGCAGAGGAAGAGGGGGAGCCAGAGGGACCUACAAUGAAGGAUAUCUUCAUGGAGAUCAAAAAAAUGACGGAAAAGGGAUCAAAAAGUGUGCUCAUGGAGGGUAUGCCACAUGAAAGUACCAAGAAACUUGACACUUCCAGCACUGAUCUUGAAGCUCGGUUAAAAAGGCUAGUGUUCCAUUUACUGGACCUCCGAACUUGCCCAGCUGCUCUGAACUCCACAGACAUGGCCAAACAACUAGAGGAGGCUGAGGAAUGUAGAAGGUGUGCCCAGAGACAGGUAUCUAUGCUGUCUAGGCAAGACCAGGCUAAUGGAGACAUUGACAGUGGCACUAAUGGCACAGUUCAUGACCCCGAAGGGAUGCAACAGCUGAGUGCCCAGUGGAGUGCAGCUUUGUGGGAUGCAGCAAGCUCUGUUCACUCCAAGGAAGCUCAGCUACAGAUGGUUGCAGAUUUUGACAGACAGACCCAGAAAAUCAAAGCUAUUCUGGAGAGACUCAAAAUUGAGCAUGCAGCACUGAGAUUCUCCCCAGCCGUGAGCAGUUUUGCCGAGGAGGAACGGUUGCUCUCUUUCUUGAGAAACAUGGAGCAGGAAAAGACAGCUCUGGGUGAGUUAACUCAGACUCAUGCAAAACUGUCCCCCUACCUCAGUGUGCCUCAGAGACAAGCAGCUGAAAUACAGCAAAACAACUUGCAAAGCCAGUGGAGGGCGCUGGCGAAGGAUGCAGAGAUUGGUCUUUACAAGGUUAAAGCCUAUGCUAAAGAAAUUGGCAGCCUUAUUCAAGAGGUCAGUGCCCUAAAAGACCAUCUCGAGAACAUUCAGAAGACCUUGGAUGCAUCGAAAACCUCACCAGUUUUAUGGGAUAGCAAGAGAGCUCAAGAAAUUAUGACUUUAAAUGCUGAUCUCACUUUCACCCAUCAGCAGUGCCUCUACCUUCAGCAGACCUCUGAGGCACUUGCCAAGGAAUUCCAAUUCAAGGCAGAGACAUCCAGCAUAGUGCAGGACCUUCAGCAUAUAAAAGAUCAGCAGGCUCAAAUGGGUGAAAAUUUAGCAGCUGCAACCCCUAGCAGCAGCAACCCAACGUUAAGUAAAAUUGUAAAGGUGAUGACAGAUGCUCUGGCUUGGGCCAAGCAGACAGAAUGUGAUGUCAUAGGACGACAGAAAAAGGUGUCUUUGCUUCCAGAAGAGGUCCAUCGACAGAUAAAAAAUUUAAAGAAAUCGCAGUCUGAGAUGAGCUCCAAGCAAACCCAGUUGAAGGCUUUGGUUGAGGAAGUCACUGAGCUGAUUUGUGAACUAGAUGAGGCUGAUGUUUCGAUGGUGACCUCAUCCUUGAAUAUCCUAGAAAAUUUGUCCAAAUCAACAGCAGGAAAACUGGCUGAGGCAGUUCGUGAGAUGGAGUCAGGUCUUCAGACCCGGGAGAAGAUGUCAGAGCAAAUAGCAGAUAUUGAUUCCUGGGUGGUUGUACAUCGGCAGAGGGUAGCUUUGAGAAAAGAGGAUUAUCAAAGUUUGAGUGUGGCAGACCUGGAUCGCAGGUUGAGACAGAUCCAGGACACUCUUGGAGAGGCAGAAAAGCAGUCUGCGGUCACUGAAGCCCUUCUGAUGAAAAGCAGAGACAUUGCAUCAGAGCUAAGUGUCUCAGAGAAUACUCAGCUCUAUGAGAAACUCACCAGCCUUCAAGAGGACAUCAAGAGCAUUGUUCUCUAUGAGAAAGCAUGUUGCCAAAAAGUUAUGGAUGUCAUGCAGUGCCAAGAAUCUUCUCAGAGGAAGGUAUCAUCUCUUGAGAACAGCCUGAGACAAAUGUUAGUUGAUGUAAAAAGACACAGGUUUCCUGUUACCAAGGAUACCCUCUCUGUUAUUGAACCCUUCAAACAGAUGAUUAUGGAACGCAAAUCUCAGGUUGAGCAAGUCAGUCUCUGUUCAGAGGACAAGAGAAGAGAGCUGUUAGGUGUUAUUACUGAACUGUACCACAAAAUGAUUGAUUUGGAACUCAAAUCACAAGCUCAUGAAAGGUACUUGAGCUUCAGUCGGUGCAUUGACGAUGUCAAGGAAGAAAUGGAGACUCAAAUCCCAAGGACCAAAGAUGAGAGCAUCAGCAAAGAGGAACGCUACAGAGCCUGUCAGGCCCUACUGAUCCAAAUCAAUUUAAUAAAACUCUUGUGUGAGGAAACAAUGGAUGAACUGGAGGAAAUCUUAGCAGAUCUAUAUCCAUCUCAGAUCUCUACUGAACAAGCAAGAUUUAAACAAAUCCUGGAAAGUCUCAAAACCUCAGAGUUGGCAGUGAACAAUAAUCUUCAGAUAUUGGAAUGGGAUCUGCUAAAACAUAUUCAUUAUCCAUCAGAAAAAAGAGUACUUAAGCAAUUCCUCAAAGACACUAAUGUGGAGUUGAAAAGGCCUUGUAGUAUUGAACCAAAAGAGGCAGUGAUCGAAAAACAACUAAGAAGGUGCCUUGUACUUAGAAAGAAUGUAGAAUCUAGAAUGCGAGUGCUUGAGUUUCUUGAAAAAAAGAUUGGAGCUCAACCUCCACAGGACUCCAAACAGCUUACUUGCUUGAAGGAUAUGGUUUUGGAAAAGUGUGAUCAACGAAUGAUGAGCCUAUCUAAAGCUAAAGAACUGUUGAAGAACUACACCAAAGCAGUGAUUGAUACCAUUCGGUUUCUCCAAAGAGCUGCGUUGGUCCUCCUUCCCUCAAUCUGCUCUGCUAGAAGCUGCUCAGAAAGACUCAAGGACACACAGCAUGCUUUACUGACCCUAGACACAGAGUUCCAGUCACUUGUUUCACAGCUUCAAGCUCAAACCCCCCAACAUCCCUGCUUCAAGCCACAGCAGAUUGAAUUUCUACACACGCAGGUUCUAGGCGAGCUCCUGGUCAGGCUAUCAACCCUCAAGGCCCAGGCUCAAAUUCAUGUAGAAUCUUUGAAGAGGUGUGUUGAGUGCCAGAAACAUUUUCGUAAAUGCUACAAGAAGCUUUGCCAGCAAGUGAGAGACUUGGAAACAUUGCUGUUAAAGUGUGCUUCCAAAAAAAUUACUUCACACAAAGACUGCAAAGACCAGCAACAGAAACUCAAGGCUCUAGUGGAAGAGGUUGCCAUACUUCCUGGAAAACUGGAGAAUCUGAGAGAGUGGUGUUCACUGUAUGGGUGCAGAGCCAACAGGGAGGAUGCCGUGAGUGCUAUCUGGGCUCAGGUGGCAAAAUUACAGCGCUGUGCCAAUGAUCUGCAGACACGCUCAGAACACUUGGAAGCAGAGUGGAGCAGCGUCACAAGGAGUGUGGAGCAGGCAGCCACUGUGCUGGAGCAAAUGGAUGCAGAACUUCCAGACAGCAGCAGAGAGAAUCUGACUGGUGAGGAGCUGCAAGAUCUGCUGCUCUUCUGGUCCCAGUACCAGGACAGACUGGACUGUGAACAAAGAGCUCUCUCCGCUUUGGAAUUAAGAGCUGCAAGGUUGCUUGGCGUUCCACCCAACCUGGAACAGGCUCCGCCCAUUGAGCUGUGCCAAGAGCUUCAAGCCUUGCAAGAACAUUACCAUAGUCUAAAGGAACGUAGCUCUCAGGGUCUGAGGACAGUAAGAACAGAGGUGGAGGAGAGGGAACGAGUGCAGGAGCAGCUGGAGGGAGUCAGAGAAUGGCUGGAAUCUGCCAACUCUCACCUCGCUGUACUGGAGCACGAGCCCAGCAAGAAACAACUACAGGAGGUUCACUCACAACUGUGUACCCAGAAGGCCGUUCUGCAGCGUAUUUCGGAAAGCUUGAAGAUGAUGUGCUCUGACAAAAACACAUCAGUUCCAGAAGAGAUAGAGGGACUAUUACAGGAAGUCUCACAGUCAUUACAGGAAGUGGAGGAGCAGGUCAAGACGGCUGUGGAGAAAAGUGGCCCACUUCACAGGCUGGGUGCUAAAAUCUCUGAGGUUAAAGCAGGUCUGGGAUCAGUUCAAAGCUGGUUGGAACAGAAGAGCCUGAACUUCACUGAAGCUGAGAGCACACAGAAGAGAGUGUGGGAUGAGUUGGACUGUUUACACACUUGUCUGACGGCAGUUGAGGUGGAGCUACAGGAUGUGAAUGAACUGCAUCUGGACGAGCGCCGCCUGUUAUUAGACAGUCUGGCCAACACUCAGCAGACCCACACACGCCUCACCAAACAGGCCGAACAGAGGACUACCUUCCUCAGCAAGGUCCGUGACUGGCUGCAGGAGCGUGAGGAGAUGGUGAAGGCUUCACAGAGCUGGAUUUCAGAGGCUCAGUCAUGGCUUACGACACAAUGCACAUACACCACUGCCAGAUGCCUGGACAGUCACGUGAAUGCACUGCAGAUGGUUCUAGAUGAUUCUGCUCAGAUGAGACGGACUCUACAGGGUUUCAGCAGUGUGCUGACAGAGAUGGGAAGUGUUUUUGAUGUCAGUCCAUUAGAGGAGGAGCUCUCAAAUGCUGAUCGACGUGUGGCAGACAUGCAGCACAGCCUGCUGGGACCUCUCUCUCAGCUGGAGCACGCAGCAGCAGAAGUGGAUGCCAUUGAGACAGAGGUAAAGGUCAUGGAGAAAGAUGUUGCCAAAAUCAAAUCUACUUUUACCACCAAAGAAGACAUCAGUCAGGACUGUCUAAAGUCAACAAAAGACAGGAUUGACCUGAUGAAAAGGACAGUAGCUGAGAUUCAGAACUGUAAGGAUGGUCUGUGUCUACCUGACAAAGCUGAAAAUACACUCUUAGUGUUCAAAAAAGCAGAACUACUACAGAAACAACUGCUGGAACUUGAACAGCUGGCUCUAGAAUACUCGAUUGAGGUACAGGAGACAUCUGUCCCACCUCUCUGUGCCACACCCCUCAAUGCUCCGGCCCUCAGUGUUCCACCCACAAUCGCUGAGGAAGACACACAGGAGAGUGGUCAGAUUAAGAUUGUGCAUGUAGAGGAGGAUGGGCUGAAAAAGUCAGGAGCAGCGCUGAUGACGGUGGAGCAAUCCACACCGGAGCAGAGGCUCACCUGGAUCUCUGAGAGGAGAAGCCAUACCCCCACAGAAACACAGCAGGAGCCCGAGGAAGAGGAGGAGCUCUUUGAUAAACCAGGAGAUGGAGAGGAAGAUGCUUCAGAUGAAGAUGAUGAAGAUUAUGAAGAUUCCAUAAAAAAUGAGGAUGAGGAGGCAAGAGGAAGGUCACCCACCUCUCUGAAUUCUGAGGGUUCCUCCAGUGUGAGUGUGGAGGACUCAGUUUCUGCUGACGUGGUUUCUUCUACAGAACAGAUUUUGGAGAAAGCAGAAGCAACAUACUCAAAGGUAGAAGCAGAUACAUCUUUGGCCUCGGGAACAGGUGUGUCAGAAGCAUUAUCUGAAACGGAUGCCUCAGUGGAAAGCCAGUCUCUCCCUGCAGACAUGGAGCAGGGUGCAUGGAGGGGGGAACAGACGCCACACACCAAUGUCACACUCACACACAUGACACUUGACACGAAGAAACAUUCAGAGCCACACGCCCCACCCACAGAAACAGAGGACAUGCUGACCUCACCUAAUGUCAUGACCUCUGAUGAAGGGCUGGGUGAUUCCUUAGAAAAACAUUUCACAUACAGUGAACAGGCUCACUUAGAGAAGACCACCUUUGCGCCUCAGAGCCUUAGCGCCACAAUCACACCAUCGGACAAACCACCAGAGAAACAUUUACACACUCUGACACACACUACUCCAUCAAAUGCAGAAGACCAUAGGUCAGACAGCAGAAGCACACACGACACACACACAGUCAAACCCUGCCUGGAGAGGACAGAGCCACAGGCUGCAAGUGCAUCUUUGGCCGUAAGUGAAGCCGGGGGCUCAGGUGGACGGUUGUCCAGUGAUGGGCUGCUCCAUGCCUGCCGUGAGAGGGCCGAGCAGCUGGAGGUAUGUCUGGAGAGAGCACAGGUCAGCCUAGAGGGGUCGAGACAGCAAGCACAGGACACAGCCAUGCAGCACUGUAUUGAACAACAGCUUCACCACUGCCAGACAAUCCUGGUGGAAAUUGAACAAAAGAUCUCCAGUCUUCCUGUGUGUGGAUUAAAGGAACAGGAGCAACAUGAGGCUGAAUCGCUCAACACCAAACUCCAGCUGCUGAAGAACAGACUGAUUACGGUCCAAUUACAGCUGCAAGAGAGACACGGAGAAGAUCAGGUGCUUGUUGAGAGUCAGCUGCCCCUGCAGGCCAGGUUGACACACAGCAGCAGUGUCCAAGAAAUGUUGAGUUCUUCCAAAACCAAACUGUUCAGACAGAGCAGCCUUCAACAACAAAGGGAACUGGAGCAUGGUUUGAAUGAACAAAGGGAUCUAACUAAAGCUAUCGCAGUUCAAGGCAGCAGAGCUCGAGCACACAGCCAGAGUGCAGACGAACAUGCAGGGCCCUCGCCAGCAAAUGAGAAUGAAGACAAGAGACAGGAAGUAGAGUUAUCAGUCCACCGGAAGUGGACACACCUCUGCAGCAGAUUGGUCAAGACAGCAGAGACCGAGCAAGGUCAAGAUGGAGAUAAAGAUCAGGAUCCAUCUGAGAUCCUCGCUCCAUCUGUCUGUUUGUGGAGUGGAGCUGCUGUUUCUCUCUGUCUGCAGGAGAUUCAAUCCAACAUCUCACAGCUUAAAGAACUGCACAAGUCAGCAGAUACUCAGGAUCAUCAGUCUCUGGAUGAAGGUCUGUUUGAGGUGUUGAGUGGAGUGGAUCUCAGUCUCAGCUCUCUCACACAGACUCUCAUGUAUCAACCAGCGACCUCAAACACUGACAUACCAAACCAACUACAACAGCUACAGGGUUUAUCUGCAGAGCUGACCUCCUUGGGUGCCAUAUUGACCUCCCAGGGGUCAGAGGUCAUAAAGCUGUUAGGUUCGGGUUCAGCGAUAUCAGAGACCUCCACUUGUUUUGACCUGCUGAUUCAGCGUGUAUGUGACAUUCAAAAAACUCUUGAUGAUAAACAGGAGCAGCUACAGGAACGAAUAAAACACACGACUCAGCUGCAGAAGAGGGUGAAAGACCUGCAUGACUCAGUACUAACUAACACGUCAAUCCUUCACCUUACAACUAACGGAGAAUCCCACCAUGACCUUCACACACAGCUGCAGGCCAUCACUGGAUGGAAACAGGAAGUGGAGCAGAACGAGAGAGAGCUGGCAGAACUUAGAGAAGAGACAGAGAGUCGAGAUCAGUCCUCGUCCCUCACACAGCAGAUCAGCACACUGGAGGCAGUAUUGGACAGUGUUUGGAGUGAUCUAGAGCAGCGCUGUGGAGUUGUGCAGUGGAGUCUAGAUGAGCAGAAGAUGAGUGGAAAAAUACUGAAGGGUCUGCAGAUGCUCCUGACUAUUGGAAGAGAGAAACUCACCUGCACCUCUCACCUGGAGCUCAGGAAUCCAGCACAACUACAGACACACCUCAACACACACACGGUGUUUUUCCUGUCUCUGGGUGCCCACCUGAGGAGAUUGCAGCAACUGAGUGUGCGGAUGCCAGACAGCGCCGCCUCUGGCUGGAAGACUGAAGUGUCUGAGGUGGAAAGUGAAGUAUCCAGUGUCCUGCAGCAGGCUCAGGCUGUCGGCACAGUGCUGCACUCAGCACUGCAGGUUUGCACUCAAUGGGAUGAAGAUCAUUCCUGGUUAGAAACACUUCUGCAGAGGCUAGAGACUCAAGUUCCAGUAACACCUCUGCAGGACCAAACUGAGGAGCAGCUUAGCGAGAAUAUAUCUGUUUAUCAUAGUGUGCUGGCAGUUCUGGAGCAGAACAGAGCUCGGAUCAGUCUGGUUCUGGAUGAGGGCUGCAGACAGCAGCAGCAGAUUUCUAAUAGUGAAAUAGGUUUUCCUAUAUAUAUAUUGGGUAUGUCUACAGCAAGUCUUGAGCAGCGAUUGGCUGCACUUCAGAGGAAGGUGGAGCAAGGACUCCACUCCACCCUCCAUCUUAAGAAGUUUUGGAACAGGUACCAAAGCGAUUCAGAGGCUCUGAAUGAGUGGAUGGGACGAGCCAGACAACGCCUGCAUACAUGGAGAGAUCACAUGACCACAGCCGAACCGGAAGCGGACACCCUUUCCAAUUUUAAGCACUUCACAGAGUUUGUGAAGGAGCUAGAGGUGAAAUCGGCCCUAAAGGCAUCAGUGAUCAGUUCUGGAUCUUUGAUCCUGUUGCUCAGUGAAAGAGAGACACAGAAGAUCAGCAGAACCACCAGUGCUCCAAGAACGUCCACUCCCUCUGGAAAUACAACAACCUCUGAAGGCCUGCAGCCAAGUGAAACUAGCAACUGCACAUCUGUAGAUACCACCCUUCCUUCAGAAACCAAUGUUUCUUCUAUUCAAAACAUAUCCUCAGAAGAAACCCUUUCUAUAACAGAAGGAUCAGAUGCAAACAUCAUAAAUGAAGGUGCUGUCUUUGAGGAACCAACCGCAUCUGCAUUUGAGUUAUCUGUAAAACAAGAGAUGCUUCUGUCCCCAGUUCUCCUGACUCUGCACUCCCAGCUGUCUCAAGUGGAACAAGACUGGGUGGAGAUACAGACACUCAUUCCUGCUGUCCAACAGGGACUGCAUCAGAGUGUGGUGGAGAGCCUAUCUCCUGAAGGACUGCUGGCUCAUGUUUGUGGCUGGAUUACAAGUGCUGAGAGCAGGUUACAGGCGGCUGAACGAGAGGAUCACAGCACCUGUACUGCUGCAGUGUUCACACACAGGCUCAGAACAUAUCAGGGGAUGAAGAGAGAGAUGGCAUGUCAGCAGAUGUCUGUUGACUUUCUUCAUCAGUGUGAGCUGAAGCAGGUCAGUUUUGACUCUCACACCAGCAGGUACAAACACACUGCAUUUGCUGAAAACCUGGGUAACAUUAUUCUGCGAUGGAAAACUCUACAGGCUCACCUGAACACACAGAUCCAACAUGCUGAAGAUCAGGUGAGGAUAUGUGCAGAGCGAGAUAAUAAACUACAAAUCCUGCAGCGCUGGGUCAAAGGUCAAAAACAAUGGAUGCGACUGGCUGAAAGACCCAUCAGUCGCUCAUUUGCUGAGAGGAGCCUGAAGGAUUGUGAAGAGCUGGGGGAAAAGUUGAAGUCCAAAUUCUCAGAACUUGCUGAGCUGGGGAAGAGGACACUUACCACUGAUGAAGAAGACAGGGAUAAAGACUUCCUCUCAAAAGUUCACAAUCUUUCACAAUUUUUGACUGACCUCUCUCAACAGAGUAUAGUCCUUGGGAAUACGUUGAAGGAGCUGUGUAAGGUGUGGUCUCAGUUUGAAGGUGCGAGGAGUCAGGCAAUUGUAAACACAAUGAGGAUCUUCCAAUCACUGGAGUACUGUAACGCCCCUCUGCCCUCCCUCUCUGCCAUCCAGAACAACAUUGAUGAGCUACAGGUCUUAAAAGCACAGACAAAGGAGAUUGACAGCCAGUGGGAGGAUCUUACCAAGACAACAGUAAUUCUUACUGGUGGAAUUAGUACAGACUCCACCCAGAUAUUAUUGGAGCACCUAGAAAAAGAAAAAGCAAGGUGGUCAGAGGUGAAGGAAAAGGUCACAGAGGCCUUGCAGAGGUCACACAGUCUUCUGAAGGUGUGGCAGAAAUACUCUGAUGUGAGAUGCUCCUGCUCAGAGCAGCUCCAACAUCUCAAAGAGCAGCUCAACACGCAUACCAAAACACCUGCUGACAAUAAACAACUCACACACAGCAUCGCAGAGCUGAAGACUGUAUUACAGAAAUGCUCAGAGACUCUACAGACUGAUGUGAAUGAAAUGCUUGAAGUGUCUAAGGAUCUGAUUGAACAGAUGGAUGAUGGGGAUGCAGUUUUCAUCAGAUCAGAAUGUCGUUUGUUAACACGCGGUUACCUGCAGUUAGAACAAACUCUGAAAGGAAGAAUUGAACACAUGCAGGAGGAUCUUGAGCAAUUUCAAGAAUUUGAAAGGUCAUUCCAGUCCCUUGAAACACAAUUACAGCAGUGGGAAAGCAAGCAAAGGAUGGACAGUGAACUCACAGAUAUAUCUCAGUCGGGUCUGAUGGAGGUCAGUUCUCUCUCUCCUGAUCUGGAUCUACUAAACACUCUCAGCUACAGGCUGACCCUCAGUGACCCCAUGACACAGAGGCUGCAGCACCUCAACAGGAAGUGGGCACAGGCCUCCGCACAUGCUCAGGAGAAAUGCAGUGAGUUGCAGGCAGCCUCUCUCCAGCAGCAGAGCUUUGAGCAGAGAUGUGAGAGCUGGCUGGCUUUCCUACAGCGCAUGGAGGACAGUUUGGCUGUAGAAAUUGCAUCAACUUACCCUGAACUAAGAGAACAACAACGAACACACCAGUGUUUUCAGGCUGAGUUGUCUUUAGGCCAUCAGAUCCUUCACUCUGUGAUCAGUGAAUCUCUCGUCUUGUUGCAGAAGGGAGAUGUGGAGGACAGGAGUGACUUCCUGUUAAAACUGGCACAGCUGAGAGAGCACUGGCAGGGAGCGGUGCAGAGAGCGGCUCAACGGCGUGCUCUAGUGGAAGGGCUCAUACAGCACUGGCACCUUUAUACACACACAAUGCAGAAACUCCACAAACUCCUCACACUCACACACACAAUCUUGUCGCCUGCCGGUCCCACACACUGUAGUGUCCUGCAGUUGCGUCUCUUGCUGGAAGAUCUGAAGCGAACAGAGCUGUUGUUUCAAAGGUCAGUCUCUGCGUAUCUGUGUGUGAUGGAGGUAGGCAGGCAGCUGUUCUCAGUGAGUGACCCGAAGACGCAGAUGCAGCUGCAGACAGACCUGGCAGCCCUGCAGGAGGACUGGGAGCAAUGCCACUGCAUGCUGGGAAAGAGAAAGACUCUCACAUCUGACAUCAUAAAGAAAUGGGAGACCUGUGAGACCAGGCUAGCUGAUCAGGCCCUGUGCCUGGAGGAGGUACGAGCCAGACUGAAGCAGUCGAUCCCAGAUCAGCAGGAGCAGAUGGAAGAGGAACACCUCCUUGUGAAGGAGGUUCAGGAUUGUUUAGAGGACUGGGCUGUCAGUCUUUCCGAGAUCAGCACCAUGAAGACGGACCUGUCCCAGUACAUCCUCACCGAUGACAUCCUCCUCCUGCAGGAGCAAGUGGACCAUCUAAACUGCCAGUGGGAAGAGCUCUGCCUCAAAGUGUCUCUGCGUAAGCAGGAGAUUGCUGACCGGCUGAAUGCCUGGAUCAUUUUUAAUGAGAAGAAUCGGGAGCUGUGUGAAUGGCUGACACAGAUGGAAAACAAGGUGGCGCACAGCGCUGAGCUGAGCAUUGAGGAGAUGGUGGAGAAACUCAAGAAGGACUGUAUGGAGGAGAUCAACCUCUUCAGUGAAAAUAAGACCCAUCUGAAACAGCUGGGAGAACAACUCAUCACUGCUAGCAACAAGACCAAAGAGACAGAAAUCAAUGACAAGAUCAAGGACAUCAACGACCGCUGGCAGCAUCUGUUUGAUCACAUUGAGGCCAGGGUGAGGAAGCUGAAGGAGACGCUGGUGACAGUGCAGCAGCUGGAUAAGAACAUGAUUAAUCUCCGUACCUGGCUUUCCCGCGUCGAGGGUGAGCUGGCCAAACCCAUCAUCUACAGCGUCUGCCACAGUGAUGAGAUACAGCGCAAACUAGCAGAGCAUCAGGACUUGCAGAGAGACAUCGAACAGCACACAGAGGGUGUGGCAUCUGUUCUGACGCUGUGUGAUGUUUUGCUGCAUGAUGCGGACGCUUGUGGCAGCGAUGGAGAGAACGACUCCAUUCAGCAGACCACUCUCAGCCUGGACCGCCGCUGGAGGAACAUAUGUGCCAUGUCUAUGGAGAGGAGAAUGAGGAUUGAGGAGACAUGGCGUCUGUGGUGCAAGUUCCUGGAUGACUAUUCACGCUUUGAAGAGUGGCUGAGCACAGCAGAACGUACAGCAGCCAACCCUGCCACCAAAGAUGUACUCUACACCUGUGCUAAAGAGGAACUCAAAAAGUUUGAGGCAUUCCAGCGCCAGGUUCAUGAGCGCCUGACACAGCUGGAGCUGGUGAACAAACAAUACCGACAUCUGGCACGAGAGAACCGGACAGAUGGUGCCAGUAAGCUGAAGCUGAUGGUGCAUGAGGGAAACCAGCGCUGGGAUACGCUACAGAAGAGAGUGACCGCUGUGCUCCGCAGGUUAAAGCACUUCACAUCCCAGCGUGAAGACUUUGAAGGAACAAGGGAGGGGAUUCUGGUCUGGCUGACGGAAAUGGACCUUCAGCUCACCAAUGUGGAGCAUUUUUCAGAGAGCGAUAUCCAUGAAAAGAUGCAACAACUUAACGCAUUUCAGCAGGAGAUCACUCUAAACACAAAUAAGAUCGAUGCUCUGAUCGUAUUUGGAGAGAACCUGAUCCAGAAGAGUGCUCCACUGGACGCUGUACUCAUCGAAGAUGAACUAGAGGAGCUGCACUCUUACUGCCAGGAAGUGUUUGGCAGAGUCGCCCGAUUCCACCACCGUCUUAUCAGCAGACGCCCGGUGCUUGAGGAGGACCGAGAGUUCUCAGACAGAGACACAGAUCCGGAGGACUCGGCUGAUUUCAGUGGGGUGUGGGAGAAAGAAAGGGAGGAGGAAGAGGAGGCUGCAAUGAGCUCUGAUGUUUCUCUGACAGUACGUCAGGCCGUAUCCCAGCUGUUACCACCUGCUCUGGAGCGCUCAGGGCGUGGGACGCCCGUCAGUGUGGAUUCAAUCCCGCUGGAGUGGGACCACACAGUCGAUGUGGGAGGAUCUUCAUCUCCAGAGGAUGAUGAGGAGUUGACGUUCUACAGUGCCCUAUCAGAUGUAGAAGUCACUGAGAGCUCUCAGUUAUUUUUUAAAGCUACAUCUAAAGCUCUGAAGGCUGUGUCCGGAGGAAGGUCAGUGGUGGAGACAUGGCACUCUCCUGAUGCCCCAGACAGGAAGCGAGCGAACAGAGAGAUUAUACGCAGUCUCACAUCCUCACCCAUUGACAACAGCACUCAGUAUCACCCACAGGCCUAUGAUAAACUCAUGUCUGAGUGUGCUGGCAGUAUAGACAGUAUAAAGCGAGUGAAACUGAUUCUGAGCGAGGAAGAACAACUGGACGAUCAGGGUUUGACGGUCCUCUCCGCAGCAGAUAAGACAGGUGUGAUCGAGCGAUGGGAGCUCCUGCAGGUGCAGUCGUGCAGCGUGCCGCAGGAUCUUCAGCAGUGGCACAAACUCAACUCUGACCUCUCUGAUGUCAUGGCAUGGCUGAACACUGUGAUGCCUGAGCUAGAAAAACUUCAAACUCUACAGCCAAAAAUCACCAUCAGAGACAUGGAGAGCAAUAUCCACAAACUAAAGGACAUGCAGAGGACUUUUAAUGGCUACAAAUCAGUGAUGAUUGCCGUUAAUCUCAGUGGGCGGGGCUUCCAGUACGGAGACAGCACUCAACUACGAGAACUGCGUGAGAAUCUGCAGUCAGCAAAUCAGAAAUGGGCACAGGCCUGUGUGGCCCUGGACAGCUGGGAACACCGACUGCAUCAAGCACUCAUGGAGUGCCAGGAGUUUCAUGAGACUCUUCACUCUCUGCUGCUGUGGUUAGCUAAAGCAGAAAGCCAGCGCUACAUGGUCAACAUCCAUGACCAAAACACAGACCUCAACAUCCUGCAAGAGCAUCAAGACACACUUAAGACUGUUCAGCAGGACUUACAGUCUCGUGAGAGGGAGGUGUUCUGCCUGCAGGAGAUCUCCUCACAGAUCCUGCUACAGGACCAUGGAGAAGACACCCUGGAGGCCAAAGAGAAGGUUCAUGUCAUCAGCAACAAGUUACGACUGCUGAUCAGACAAAUCGCACACGACCUGCACACACUGCAAAGCAGACUGGACUCUUCAGGUCCAAAUGUGGGAAGGACAGCACCAACACAACACCAGGAAGCCGCAGGAGUUCACGCUGUAACACAGGGGAGUGUCAGGGCUGACAAGUCUAAUUCGUCCCCAGCGAGGCCGUUCCUAUAUCGUGUCCUACGAGCGGCUUUCCCCCUCCACAUCCUCUUCCUGCUGCUGCUGGUUGUGGCGUGUCUGGUGCCUCUCUCAGAGGACGACUACAGCUGCACUCUCUCCAACAACUUUGCCCGAUCCUUCUACCCCAUGCUCCUCUACACCAACGGACCCCCACCCACAUGAAAAUGACCACACGUACCCUUCACUUACACACGGCCACAGCUGAAUCAGUAGAGGAAAUGGGAUGUAGUCCAAGCCUCCUGGUUAACUCUCCUGUAGCAGAUCCUGUAGCUAUGUUUAAUCUGAGUGAAAGCCCUUGUGUUUGUGAUUCAGUAGAUUUUCCUGCAACAAUCAAAUCUUGUUUCUGGAUCUGAGGUCUGUUACAAAGGGAGAGGGAUUCUUCUCAAGCAAUCCGAACCUUCUCUUCAGGAACCUUUCCUCAUGAUGUAUAUCUUAGAGAAUGACAAGAGUUCCUCAUCAAAGGUGCACUCAUUUUCUAACUGUAUAGUAUGUAGCAGCACAUCCAUUGAAACAUUGAAAUACUCCUUCACAAAAAUGUAUUUAUUUUUGAAAUGUGAAUGAUACAUAAUUGAACCUAAAGCCUAUAGCUCACUCAUAGGCUUUGAGUCGGCCUGUAUUUUUUAACUAGAAGCCCUGUUUAUAUGUCUAAAUAAGGGGCUUGCUUAAAUAUCAGUUAUGUUCAUACAGUCUUGUUUCUAGGAGUCAAUGUAAAAUUACUUUCAAUUAUGAAUAUAUUUUAAUUGUAGCUCUCUUAGCUGCCAUUUCUUGGUCAAAGCCAUGGAUUAGAGUCACAGAGAGGCAUCAGGGUGUGUGCAAAUGUAAUAGUCCUUUAAUUUAUUCAGCCUAAAGUUUGGUGGCUGUCUUGUUUUCGUGUGUGUGAAUAUUGUUAAACUACUGAAAUUAUUUAAUUAUGAUUGGUAAAUGAUCUCAGUGGAGAUCUAAAUUAUAUCUAAUUAUGUUUUAUAGAUUAUAGCUAGAUUUUUUCUGGCAGGAAAUUCUGGUGUCCAGGUGUGUUUUUUUGCUGAAUGGUUAAAGUGUCUCAUAGAAACACAUUUCAAAAGUGUCCACAUGUUUGUAUGUGACUUUUUUUUUAAUCUAUAGAAAGUCAGUUGUGAUGAUGAUGAUAAUAUGGUAAAAAGGCCAUUAGUCACUCUUUUUAUUCAUACUAACUGCCAAAGUGUCAAACUGCUUUAUAAUUCAUUACGGUUACUAAAAGAGUGCUGUUCAUCCUGUUGUUUGUUUAAUGUUUUUAAUUGAAUUGUUAUAGUAUGGAUUACAUUAUGGGUCAACUAAAAUAGGCUAUGAAAUACAUAUCCAUGAAUUUACUUUGCAGCACACAUUGCACUGCCAGUGUCAAACAAUGGUUAAAGCGAAUAUAAAGUUAAUGGUUUUUUUUUUCUGAGUUUGAAGUCAGUUUUACUAAAAAAUAAACCAUGUGCAAAUA